AUGAAGAGACUUGGUAGUAGUGAUUCAAUGGAUGCUCUUAUGUCCAUCUGUCCUAACACUACAGAUGAACAUGAGCAAGGGAACAAUCAUGUUUACUCGAGGGAGUUUCAAAGCAUGUUUGAAGGGUUAGAUGAAGAAGGUUGUGUUGAAGAAUUAGGCCCAAAGAAGAGGAGAUUAAACGUGGAUCAAGUUAAGGCAUUAGAGAAGAAUUUUGAAGUGGAAAAUAAGCUCGAACCUGAUCGAAAAGUGAAGUUAGCACAAGAACUUGGGCUGCAACCACGGCAGGUGGCUGUUUGGUUCCAAAACCGCCGUGCACGGUGGAAGACUAAGCAAUUAGAGAGAGAUUAUGGCCUUCUCAAGGCCAAUUAUGAUGCCCUUAAACUCAACUAUGAAACUCUCCAAUGUGACAAUGAAGCUCUACUUAGAGAGAUUCUGGACCUGAAAUCAAAGCUAGACGAAGGUGCUGAAAGCAAGAUUUCUGUCAAGAAAGAGGCAGUAAAGUCACAAACUGAUGAAAAAGGCAAUGCUAAAUCAGAUUCUGGUGCAAACUUUGACAACUUUAAAGAAAACAGAUCAUCUGAUAGCACUGAUUAUUCAAGUGCAAUCUUGAAUGAAGAAACCAACAAUAGCCCGACUGCAGCUAUUUCAUCUUCGACUGAGAAAGUGAUUCUUCAUCAGAGCCCACAUGACGAAUUCUUGGAUUUUGUUGAGAAUAUGAAUUGCAGUUUCCAGUUUUCAGACACAAAAGCAAGUAUUCUUGGAGAUGCCCACAAAGCUUAUAUGCCGCAGUCUGUGAAAAUUGAGGAGCACAACUUUUUCUCCAGUGAGGAAUCAUGCAGUACUUUCUUUUCUGAUGAUCAAGCUCCAACCCUCCAUUGGUAUUGUUCUGAUGACUGGAAUUGA